AAGCAAAGUUAAUAAAAGAGGUGAAACCAUUACAUUUAAGGCAGUCUGUGAUAUCUUGUGUAAAAUCAGAUACCUAGAGAUGUUUGUUAAAAUAGCCGUAAUGUGUGCCGCGUUUGCGUGCUUUGUCGAUGUAAGUGUUCUGAAGACAAAUAUUUUCGUGCAAGGGGACGCACCCACUACAUCGCCGGCGAACGUUCUAGAUUCAUUCCAGAAGCAUAUGGAACAGUUUAAAAGCUGUCUCGAUCAGGUUCUAGCAAAAACGGUCGAUGAAGUGAGCGUGAAACAAGUUCAACCCGUUUUUGAUGUGUUAGGAGACCAGUUAAACAGAUUUUCUAAGGCGUUCGAGGACUUGACAGCGACCAAGGCGCCAGCUUGAAAUAUUUGUGUACUUACUGAACAAAAAUGUAAUUAAUAAGCCA